CAAGUAGGCUGAAUUAGACCACCCUUACUAGAUUUUGAUAAGAUGACUUCAAAGUGGGAAGCUUUCUCUUACUUUUACUCAACUUGUAAAAGUAGGUUACAAGUUGCCAACUCAGAAGUUGAAAACACCACAUGUGCAGCCAAUCUUCAUACUAGAAUAAGCACAGAUCAUCUUUUUGCUUUUUUCUGAUGACCCAUAGCUGAUGCAGCAAUUAGUAGUUAAAAGAUUCAUCAACAUCUCCCAGCCUGCUAUAUAUAAUGCUACAAGGAAUGUUCUUAAACUAUCAACCUAACUUAAACAUUCGUCACCAACUACAGCAAUAUACCAACUCAAAACCAGAAUCACCAUGAAGAACUUACUCGGUGGAAAUUUGGAGGGCAUUCCCUUGAGUUCAGCAGCAUCCUCAUAUGAAAGGCAGCCAAAAAGACUACUGGCCCUAUCUUCUUGUGAAGACCAUAUUGUUCCAUAUACAACUUCAAAGAACAUACCUAAAUUAAAGCAAAGAAAAUCUGUGAUUGGUAAGAUGAACAAACUUGGAGAGGGAAUGGACUGUCUUCUGCAAGGCAUCCGCGAGCAUGUCAGCCUAAGCCCGAAUCUAACAGAAACGGUGAAGGGAAAAUUGAGCCUUGGGGCAAAAAUUCUUAAAGUAGGAGGGUUGGAGAAAAUAUUCAAGCAGAAGUUUAGUGUUAAAGACGAUGAAAAGCUAUUGAAGGUUUCUCAAUGCUAUUUAUCAACUACAGCUGGUCCAAUAGCAGGCCUCCUCUACAUCUCUACUGAUAAGAUUGCUUUCUGCAGCGAGAGAUCAAUAAAGCUCCUAUCUCCAACUGGAAAGUUGCUUAGAAUCCGCUAUAAGGUAUCAAUCCCAAUAAGUAAGGUAAUGAAAGCAAAAGAGAGUGAAAAUAUGAAAAAUCCAUCACAGAAGUAUAUACAAGUAAUUACAGAAGAUGACUUUGAGUUCUGGUUCAUGGGAUUCCUUAAUCAUCAAAAGACACUGAGAUAUCUGCAGCAUGCAAUUUCAAGUACUUCAAGCAGCUAGGAAGAUAAACUUUUAUUUUUAAUUUUGUUUCCUAAUACGCCCAUUCAUCAAUGUAAAAACAAAUGUACAGAUCUGUUCAAACUUGUAACCAGCUCCAUUGGUCAAAGGAGGUUUUAGGUUUUGUAGGCUUUCAGCCUUAGUCGCUAAAACGAAUGAAUAGACUUAUUGUAAAACUAAUGCAAAUAGAAGGCUAAUUCAUCUUUCGGGACUUGGCCACAGUCAUCCCACAAUUUUCAUGA